GGCCCGGCGCUGGGCACUGGAAAACCACUGUGCCUGAGCUGAAGGGUGCCCUGCGAUUUCGCGGCGAACACGAUAUUACAGCGAGAAGUGGGAAGCUCUCGAGGCUACGCAAUUCUGCCAGCCACCCCGACGUCGGGUUGGCCUCUGAUGUCACCAGGGCUCUCCAGGUCGAGCCGAAGUUCACCGAGGAGGACCCCAAGCUUCAUAAGAAGUGCGAGGUGUCCAAGGAGCUGCCCGUCACGCUGGAGGUCGGAGUGCACACGGAGGCCGUCUGGGUCAGCUUCGACGUGGACGGCGUGCACACUGCGAUGGAAGACAACGGGGGCGCAGACUACGUGGUCGUACAGGCGGCGCAGAAGUUCCCAGCGUCCGUCAAAACAUCCAGCCCGGUCAUCGAGGUCAUGUGCACGGUUGGGCGCUAUUCCCAGGAUCCUGACAACGUCGUUGCCGCGGCCACGACGCAGUUGCUGGAGAAGUCUUACUUCUGGACCACGAGCAAGGGACCGAUGCUCUGGAUGCGAGCGUUGAUGGGGCUGCUCACGACGCCUCGGUCGAGGAAGAGCCCGAUGCCAUACGGGGCUUUGAUGGCCAUGGUGGACAGUGCCCGCCCGGUCUCGGCCGCGAACAUCCUCUCUGAAGUGGUCCGCGACCCUGACGCGGUCUGA